GAACAAUCGCCAAGUCUGGCACGAAAGCUUUUAUGGAGGCUAUGGCUGCCGGUGGCGACAUCUCCAUGCUUCUGGGUACAGUUGAGAUUGGCCAGUUCGGCGUGGGCUUCUACAGCGCCUACCUGGUCUCCGACAAGGUCCGCGUGGUGUCCAAGCACAAUGAUGAUGAACAGUACAUCUGGGAGAGCGGUGCCGGAGGCUCCUUCACUGUCCAGAAGGACACGGAGCUCGUGCACGGUGAGAUUAAGCGUGGCACGAAGAUCAUUUGCUACCUCAAGGAGGACCAGUCUGAGUUCUUGGAGGAGCGACGCCUGAAGGACCUGGUGAAGAAGCACUCUGAGUUCAUCGGCUUCCCUAUUGAGCUGUAUGUGGAGAAGUCCAAGGAGAAGGAGGUCACCGACUCUGAGGAGGAGGAAGAAGAGAAGAAGGAGGAGAAGGAGGGCGAUGAGCCCAAGAUCGAGGAAGUCGACGAGGAGAAGGAGAAGGAAGAGAAGAAGAAGAAAACCAAGAAGGUCAAGGAGGUCUCGCACGAGUGGGAGCAGCUGAACAAGAACAAGCCGCUUUGGAUGCGCAAGUCCGAGGACGUCACCAACGAGGAGUACGCCUCCUUCUACAAGUCCUUGUCCAACGACUGGGAGGACCACCUCGCCGUCAAGCACUUCAGCGUGGAGGGUCAGCUGGAGUUCCGUGCUUUGCUCUUCGUCCCCCGCCGAGCGCCCUUCGACCUUUUUGAGACCAAGAAGAAGCGCAACAACAUCAAGUUGUACGUGCGACGUGUGUUCAUCAUGGAUGACUGCGAGGAGCUGAUGCCUGAGUGGCUGAACUUCGUGAAGGGCGUGGUGGACUCGGAGGAUUUGCCUCUGAACAUCUCCCGCGAGACCCUGCAGCAGAACAAGAUCCUGCGAGUCAUCAAGAAGAAUCUCGUGAAGAAGUGCCUCGAGAUGUUCGCAGAGAUUGCGGAGAAGAAGGAUGACUACAA